CAUUUUGAUUGAAAGAGAUCUCUUCAUUUCUUGGCAUCAUAUUAUCUAUAUACAUCUCAAAAAUCCUUGCAUAUAUACUUGCGUAAAUCCCACGUGAAUUCCAAUGGAUUCUUUUCCAACAAUUGCUGUUGUUUCAAUUCUGGUGUUAUUUCUUGCUAACAAUAUUCAAACUGAAGCGCAACUCUCUCCAACAUUUUAUGAUGCUACAUGUCCAAGAGCACUCGAUACAAUUCGUACUUCCAUUCGACGAGCAGUGUCUCGUGAGCGUCGUAUGGCUGCCUCUCUCAUUCGCCUCCAUUUUCAUGAUUGCUUUGUUCAGGGUUGUGAUGGAUCAGUACUGCUUGACCAAACCUCUACUAUUCAAAGUGAAAAGACUGCAUUGGCAAACAAUAAUUCAGCAAGAGGAUUUGAAGUUAUAGAAGCUGCGAAACUUGAAGUUGAGAAGAUAUGUCCUGGAGUUGUUUCUUGUGCAGACAUACUUUCAGUUGCAGCAAGAGAUGCAUCAGUUGCUGUUGGCGGUCCAACAUGGCAAGUAAAGCUUGGAAGAAGAGAUUCAACCACUGCAAGCCGUUCUGCCGCAGAUAGCAAUCUGCCGAGUCCUUUUGCUAAUCUAGGGGAUCUUAUUACCAAGUUCCAAAACAAGGGUCUUAGUCCAAGGGAUAUGGUUGCAUUGUCAGGAUCACACACAAUAGGACAAGCUCAAUGCUUUGUUUUCCGCAAUAGGGUCUACAGUAAUGGGACAGAUAUUGAUGCCGGCUUUGCAAGCACCCGUAGGCGCCAGUGCCCAAGUGCCAUCGGAAAUGGUGAUAGUAACCUAGCACCACUUGAUUUGGUCACUCCCAACUCAUUUGAUAACAAUUACUUCAAGAAUCUGAUGCGAAAGAAAGGCCUUCUUAUAUCAGACCAGGUUCUCUUCAGUGGAGGAUCAACCGACAGUAUUGUCGCAGAAUACAGCAGAAAUCCUGGAACCUUCCUGGCGGAUUUUGCUUCUGCAAUGGUUAAAAUGGGAGACAUUGAACCCCUCACAGGUACAAGUGGAAUAAUAAGGAAGGUUUGCAGUGCUGUGAACUGAAAGUAUGACAAAUGCAGAUGCAUCGCAUACUCAACAUUGAAAACUGCCAGUGCAAGAGAGUCCAUAUUGUUUGUCCUGAGUUCAUUCUUUGAUUCAUCGAUUCAAUGAUUUAGCAAGUGUAUAUCUACUUCCCUUCCUGUGCCUUGUACUUAUAAUUCGUUUAAUCAUUCUUGUGACUUUCAGAUUGUAAUAAUAUUUCAUCACAAAUGAAUUAGCUUUUUCUU